AUGUCUAGUUCUCGAAAUUACGGCUCUCUUCGUCACGGAAGUGGUCCCCUAGCCGCCUACACUCGCUCUGUUACUGCUUCCAGAACAGGAGGGCUAGCAGACCGAUAUCUUCAGAAUGCUAAUCGUAGUACAGAUUUAUCCAGAUACGGUAACAACUACAAUACUACUCCUACUCGUACCAAUGAGAUAAAAACGCGUUUUGAGAAUGGAACUUCAACUAGUAGCAGAAAAGCGGAUGAUAUAAAUAUCGCCCCACCGGAAGAGAGACCCCGAAUCAGUAUUGGGGGAAGAUACCUUCAACGUGUAAAUUCUAGAGAUGGUACCAAUGAGGCCUCCGUUGUUCCAGCUCGAAGCAGUUGGAGAGAAUCCGUUUAUGGCGUUCAGUACAGUAACAAGGAGGCAACUUCUUCUCCCACUUCGAAGUCAUCAGCAAAUUUGACUGAGACAGAGCGAAGGCGUGCGGAGAGAGAGAAGCAGAUUCAAUUGGAUAAGGUAAAACAACAAAUGCUGGAGGAGGAAAGGGAGGAAAGACGACUUCGACAGGCCCUACGCAAGGCUACUUUGGAGAAGGAUGAAGCCAAAAUUGCCGAAGUGGACGCACAAAUUCGACGACUUCAACUACGUCGGCAGGACUCGAAGAAGAAGGAAAGAGAAGCUGCGGACAGCAACAAUCUUUCACAAAAGCUCUCAUACAAGGCAAAUGAGAAGACAGCCGAGGCUUCUGUGAGUGGACGAACGAAGAAAAGUGAUGUUGUCACGGUACCAGACAUCGUUCAGACAGCGAUGAGUUUCACAGACUUUGAUGAGUACUUACGGAACCAUCUGAUUGGUGGACGGGACAAUGGAGAGUCCUGGUGGAUAUACCAGCCAGACAGUGAGACGGAAGACUCCGUAGCGGAGAUGUCCAUUGUUUAUAAGACAAAAAAGGCGAAAGAAUUGUUUACGUCAAUGCCCGUAGAGUUGCAACAUCUUGUGGUUCGAGCGCACAAACGACCAAUUCGAUUUGCGGCUAUCAUGGAGAUGUGCAAAACGGAUAAGCAUAGGGCAGAAUUCUCGGCUGAGAGCGAGCGCAAUUUCAAGGGGUAUAAUGACGUGAAAACUAUGCUGUCGGACUUUGGAUUUGAUUUGACCAAGGUGAGCCGUUGGUUGUCAAUCUCCUUUGUCCGUAAUGUUAAUUAA